UUUAAGUCUUUAACUAACUAACUAAUAAGCACCGUCGAUAGAAAACUCAGACCAAACAACAAGACGUCGGUUUGGUUUCUCUCAAUGGCGAAUCCCAAAUCUCACCUCUUCUCUCUCUCCUUCUUCUCAUUUCUUCUUCUUCACUUCCCCACCGUUUCCUUAGCACAGACGCUCUUCGUCUUCGGCGAUGGUCUUUACGACACCGGCAAUAAACAGAUUAUCUCUUCGAAUCGUGUCGACGCUAGCUUUCCUCCGUAUGGAAACACUCUAGGAGAGGCUACGGGACGAUGGUCCGAUGGUCUUAUCAUUCCCGACUAUCUAGCUGGUUUCAUGAAUAUUCCUCAAAUCCCUCCGGUUCUUCGCAGCACGUCGGAUUUCUCUCACGGAGCUAACUUUGCCAUCGCGGAUGCCACCGUUCUCGGCUCCCCUCCGGAGACGUUGACUCUGUCACAACAAGUGAUGAAGUUCUCAGAAAACAAGAACAAAUGGACAAUUCAAGCACGUUCUGAAGCUAUCUAUUUGUUCUACAUCGGCUCUAAUGAUUACUUGAACUAUGCCAAGAACAAUCCGAAUCCCUCAGCUGAUCAGAAAGAAGCUUUUGUGGAUCGCGUCAUUACUUCAAUAGAAGCAGAACUAAAGGUGAUUUACGGGUCUGGAGGUAGAAAAUUCGCGUUACAGAACUUAGCACCAUUGGGUUGCUUACCGGCCGUGAAACAAGCAAGCGGUAAUGUUCAGGAAUGCGUCAGAUUGCCUUCAGAAAUGGCGGCAUUGCAUAACAAGAAGCUGUUGCAGCUCUUGGUUGAACUUUCACGAGAGCUCAGUGGUUUCCAGUACUCGUUUUACGACUUCUUCAGCUCCAUCCAGAACAGAGUUAUCAAGUCCAAGACUUACACAUUUGAGACGGGAAUAGCUGCAUGUUGUGGUACUGGCUCUGUCAAUGGAAGCAGUUGCUCGACUUACAAUGUAUGCGCUCACCCUGAAGAUUAUCUCUUCUUCGACGGCAAGCAUUUGACGCAAGAAGGGAACCUUCAGGCUGGACAUUUGAUGUGGGGAUCAGAUCCGGUAGUGAUUGGACCUAACAAUCUUAGGGAGCUUCUUUUCCUUCCUCUUGACAGUACAUUCAUCUUAGCCGAUAUACAGGAAGCUAUGGCUGCCACUAGGCCGAGGCAGAUCAAGAUUGAGAGUAUUUACGAUAUCAAGAAGAUCGAAUCGGAGAUGGAGACUCAAUGGCUUUAUCAAGUUGAUAAAGCUAGCUCAUUUCUGAUCUAAUAUUGUAUUAAUAUGUGAUUAAAGGCAAAGAUAGUUAAUGAAGUUACUGUAAUAAAGAAUAAGACAAGAAAACUAAGGUAUUUUUUUUUGUAAUAAAACAUUCGGCCUUUGGUCCAAGAUAACCCCAUGUUGUAUCCAUCUAGUUCUCCUCUUCAAGCAGUAUAUUUUUUUUGGUGUAA